AGACAAGUAAACCUUACGAACUCUGUACAAACUCGAGGAAAUUGGGAUUGAAUUUCUUCUCAAUUUCCUAACUUUCUUCAUACAACAUCUAUCUGUACACAUAUUUUCAACUGUACAUUAUUGGUUUAUAUAGUACACAGUUAACUGUUUCAGCAAGUUCUUCAUAUAUUUUCCCAAUUAAUUUCCGUUUAUGGUGAUCAAAAUUAAGAGCCAGCCAUGUCUGAAAACCACUUGCCAGAUGCAACCUACGUGGAUGUGGAAGAGGAAGUGGAAUCUGCUCCUCUGAUGACCGAACCUUCACAAGCAGAUGAUCAUGAAGUGAAGAACAUAGUGAGAACAGAAAGCAAGAAGUUGAUCAGAAAGUUUGGAGGGGUAGAUGGUGUAAUGAGAGUCCUUCGCACUGAUAGAGAAAAUGGAAUCUCAGGUGAUCCCAAUGAUAUUGAGUACCGAAUGAAACGAUUCGGCUCCAACGAUUCCAAUCCCUACACAAAAAUCUACCUGGUGAAGGAUUUUCACCGCUGUGCAGUUAAAGCGAUUCGCGACCCCUUGAUUGUCAUCCUUCUGAUGUACACCAUAGUUUGUAUAUGUUUUGGGAUUAAGAAACAUGGGGUGAUUGGUGUUUGGCCUGAAAGGGAAACACACCUCCUGUCGAUUGUUUCCGUGGUGAUUUUCUCAGCUGUGACUAAUUUGUGGCCUAUUGAGCAAAACUAUGUUUUCUCUGCGGCUAAAAACCAAGUCUACAGCCCUCAGGUGGAUGUUGUGAGGAAUGGUGUAUGGGUGAAAAUCCCUGUAUCUGAAGUUGUGGUUGGAGAUAUUGUGUACUUGAAACCCGGUGACCAAGUUCCGGCUGACGGCCUUUGCAUAGAUGGACACUCAUUGCAUCUCGAGGAUUUAACGAGUGAUCAUCUUACUAAGGGCUCUGGUGUAGAAGCUAAAUCACUGAGGACUAAUAGUGCGCGGCGUGUGGAAGUAGGCGAAGAAAAUCCGUUUCUGCUGGCAGGUAACAUGGUUACUGCUGGUUACGCCAGGAUAGUUGUAACAGCGGUGGAAAAGAGUAUAACUGAGGAAAACGGGCAGCCUCAACAUCCGCAGCAGCAGCAGCAGCCACCAUCACAAGCGACUUGGAUGACGCGAAGACAUGUUCGCGAGUUGGAAAAUUUGGCCUACAUCAUAGGUAGGUGCGGUAAAGCUUUCGCGGUGUUAACAUUUGUGUGCUUUUUAGUCCGAUUCUGUACUCAGGCAAAUGAUCAGGAAUCCACUAAUCGCGAUGAUAAAGAGGCGGAUUUUGUUGAGUUCUUUAUUGCUGUAGUUGGAAUGAUGGGGACUUCUGCUGUUAUUGCAUUAACUUCCAGCUUGGAGGGCUUAGUUUUGGCUGUGAAGUCCACCCUUGCCUAUUCUAUGAGGAGCUUGUUACAUCAGCAAGUUCUAAUCAAAAGGCCUUCCCUCUGUCAUCGAGUCGCAUCCGUUGAUACUAUAUGCUUCAACAAAAUCGGAACCCUUACCAUCGAUUCCUUGGAGGUAAAAGAGUUUUGGGUUGGUCUCAAUGACAUUGAAGAAGCGCCAACGGAUUUGAUUGCUCCAAGCGUGCUCGAAUUGCUUCACCAAGCAAUCGGCUUGAACAUAACGCAGCCUCGUUCAAGUUCCACAUUCGCAACUCCCCUGAGUCCUACAGAACGGGCGAUCUUUGAUUGGGCGACUCGCGAGCUGAAAAUGGAUAAAGAAAGUCUCAGAGAGGGCUGCACAGUUCUUAAAAUCGAGCCUUUCAACCCGGUCAAGAAAUGCAGUGGGGUGCUGAUCAGCAAAAAAAAUGACAACACAUUUCAUGUGCAUUGGAAAGGGGCACCUGAUUUGAUCCUGCAGAGGUGUUCGCAUUACUAUGGCACUGGCGGAAAAUCCAUCAUGUUCGACAGAAACACCAGGGAGAUGGUGAAACUAACAACGAAAAGAAUGGCAGAGAAAGGCCUCAGAUGCAUUGCUUUUGCACAUAGAAAAACAUCAAUCGAAGAGCACUUCAACUUCAACUCCGCUCGCCAACAGUUGACCUUGAUAGGGUUAGUUGGAUUUGACAAUCUUGUAAGAAAUGAAAUAGCAACAGUUGUAAAAGAUUGCCAACGAGCUGGAAUCAACCUCAAGUUGGUCACAGGAGACAGCGUUUUAACAGCCGCGGCCUUGGCUUCUAGGUGUGGCUUACUUCAACAGCAACCAGGAGAUGUAGUAGAAGGAAAGCAAUUCAGAAGGUUCACUACUGAAGAGAGAUUGGAGAAAGUUGAUCGGAUUCGCGUGUUGGCAGGAGCUACUCCUUCGGACAAGUCCCUCCUGGUUCAAACCUUAAAAGAGAAAGGACGAGUGGUUGCAUAUGUAGGGGGCAGCGUAAGCGACGCGCAGGCGAUCAAAGAAGCAAAUGUAGGACUAUGUUUUGGUCCUGCAAGUGAAGGCAGAGCUGAAAUUCUGAAGGCAUGUUCGGAUAUUGUAAUCAAGGACAAGAAAUUCCUCCUUGUUCUUGAAAUCCUGAAAUGGGGACGAGGAUUUUAUGACAGUAUCCAAACCUACACUCAGUUCUUGCUCACUGCAACUUCUGUCGAUCUAGUGAUAGACUCUGCGAUGACAAUAUUUCCCAAUGGUUUCAGCUUUUAUCAUCCAGUUGUAGAAGUUUCAGCACAAGCAAGUGUUGCAUCAGGUAAACUAGCAAUACCUGUAUUUCAACUCCUCUGGGUAAAGUUCAUAUUAGGCUUAGUUGCAACUCUUUCUGUGCUCAUAAAACAACCCUCGGAUGACCUAAUGUCCGAGCCGCCAAGAGACAUAAAUGAGCCUUUGAUGACUAAAAAUAUGCUCAGAAACAUCAUUGCACAGGCAUUGUACCAAAUUGUAGUCCUUUUGGCCAUCCACUUUGGAGGGAACUCAUUGCUGAAUCUGAGUUACAAUGAGAAGACCACCCUGAUCUUCAACACUUAUGUGCUCUGCCAAGUUUUCAUGCUGAUGAAUGCGAAGCUGUAUGAUCGGAAGAACAUUUUCCAGGAAAUGCACAGUAUGAAAUGGUUCUGGGGAAUCAUUGGAUUCAUUAUAUUCCUCCAAGUAAUCAUGGUGGAAUUCUGGAAGAGCUUUGCAGGUACAGCAAGGCUAGACUCCAGGCAAUGGGGCAUUUGUUUCUUAAUUGCUGCUGCAUCUACUCCCAUCAGUUGGCUCCUUAGGUAA